CUGCGAUCUCACCUUCGCCCGCACGCAACCUGUCUCAUCGCCUUCCAUGCGUCGCAAUCGCCGCCGCCUUGUCGACAACGCCAGGACCCCGCCAACGCUAUCCUCCCUAUCCACAAACCCACAUGCCCAUUGAAUAGUCCCUGCAGCCCCUCAACCUUCGUCACUCGCUGUGUCCUGGCAGACACAUCCGCAUCCCACUGCCACGCUCAAGCUCCGUUAUCCCGUGCUCCUCUUUAAUGUGAGCGAAGAGAUAUACAGAUCCCGAACCCAGCCUCGAAUUUGCACGUUCCUGACUCUGAGUUGAUUCUCUUAUCGAAUCCCGUAUAGUCGUCGUCCAGACUUACAUCUCCUGGUCCCUGGUCCCAGGCCUGGUUCUCGUCUCUUACUGCGUGGUAUCUAAAGGAGCCGCCCCCGCCAACCUACAUAUCGAUCGUCUCCUCCCGUUGAUCUUUGGACGCCCAGCUUACCAACUUUGUACCAUCUGGCUCUUGUAAUUACCGAUUUCGGCAUAUCUGAAUCCCCUGUCGCCGGCCUCUAGCAACCACUCUGCGCAUCGUCCAUGGACCGUCUACUCAUCUGUACUGCACCCAACUCCCAAUCUCGCGCUCGACCGUCUCUGAGUUGUGCUCAACGCUGUCUACGACAACCCGUACAAUCGAGGAAACCCGAUUUUCGUCCUGGUCCUGCGGUGUUAGCAGCCGCCCAUAUCGCACCAAAGUCUUCUUAGAGCAAAGGAUACAGGUGGCCCUGAUGUCGGCGACUCCUUCUCCCUCUCCGUUGCAAGGCCCCAUCGGCCGCAUCGACGAGGAGAGUUUGCCCCAAGGCCACUGCCGCUACAUCUUAUUGGUUCCCGGCAUUAAGGGCCAGCGAUGCGCUUGCGUACACUUCUCCCUUAACCGCUCAACGCCCGGGGCAAGUUGUGAUUGUGGACACAUGGCCUGCUAUCACGUCAAAACCCCGGAACCAUCUUCCACUCGACAAGAAGUCGAGCUAUUGAAGCAGCGUCUUCAGGCCCUCGAGGAACAGUUGGACCAGCAGAGACAGGGCGGCCUUGGAACCAUCGUCGCUAGGGUGAGCGACCUGGAGGAGUUCGUCGACAAGAGUCGGGAGGAAAUAGGCCAGGAAAUCAAAGGCUCCUAUCGCAACAUCAGCAGGGCCUGGCAGUCCAUCGAGCAGCUGAAUCGGCGAACCUCUAAGUUACAAGAAGGUCUACGCUCCCAGUUGGAUCAUCUGGACAGUGUAGAGGGCGGGUUGAAGAAUAUCAGCAAUCGACAGAUGGAGCUCUUCGACGCCGAUGAGAGCAUAGAGGAGAGAUUGGAACAGUUGGAGUCUGAUCAUGAUCUAUUGUUCAGUCGAGGUAGCCAGCACCUGGAUGUCGAAGCUGAGAUCAACCCAAUGCGUACCGGUGUCCCGAGUGUCUCUUACUCGCGCCCUCCGACUGCGUCACAUUUCCGGACCGAGGCUCAAAGCCGUUGGGACGGUGUGCAUCCCGCACCCCAUGCUUCUCCAGCCGUCAGCACCACUGAAUCAAACGGCAGUUCCAAUAGUUGUGGCGCCUGGACGGUACACAUCUCAUUGCUUCCGACGGCCUCUCAGCCUUUUCCAUUUGAGAGGGACACCAAUGCCUAUAAACGCUGCCUCUCACGUGGCCUGCACCGGACGGUUGUAGUUGGUGGGUCCGACGGUACUUCCUUCGUUGAGGCUGUUACCAAGUCCUUCGACGGCCUCCUCGAAGGGAGACCAUGGAUGCCACUGCAGGCAAGGCUUUGCGACGCAGAAAGGCUCCAAGGACUUCCCAUGCUACGGCCGCUAGACCCCGGGCUCAUCGACGACGAGUACGAUCUCGACUUUUUGCGAAAGCACUGUGGUGUUUGCGAGCCCAGUGGCAAGAUUGAGUCGCUGUACAUCGCCAUGCGUCUUGACAAGUUUUCGUGGCACUUUCUCCGAAACUCUCCAAAGUUUAUUGAUGGUCUUGAGAAUUGCUGGGUACACGAUCCGCUCCUGGACCCAAGUAACCAAGUUGACGAUGACCACGAUCGGCCUUCGGCUGGUGACAUUGUUCCACGUCUUCCAAACCUCAAACGCCCUGCAUCUGAGAUGUCACAAACGACCUAUUUAGCGCCCUCGACGACGACAGCCGGUGAAAUAGAUGAUCAGCGGUGCAAGAAUCGGAGAACGACUUGCUUGCCAACGUUAGUUGAGCCGCGUAGACGCCUAGAGACCGUGUAAGACUUCGGGUAUGGUGUCUUUUUUUCUCUCUUCCUUUCUUGGAUGUAUUUUUCUUCUGUUCACCAGCGAAACCUGAUUUGCCGCACCUU